AUGGAAUCUCCCGAUACUAUUCCAAACUAUGAUAGCGAUACAACAAGCGAAGAACGACCAUCGACUCAACCCGUCAACACCAAAAUCCAGGCCAAGUUCCAAAUAGCCCGGCCGCCCUCAAAAUCAAGCCAACGACUUCGACUUAGCCCCAAACUACUCCUUCAAAUUCAACAACUACCUCCAAACCACCGACCAGUGCCUGUACUGGAGAUAUGGCAGCCACCAUUCCGCAAGUCAAAAUUGACCAAAGGUCUCCCUCAACGCCCAAAGCUCGGCACGAGAGAUAUCUACGCAACCCUCAAUGAGCCAUAUAUCACCAAUAAACAGUCAAUGGGACAAAAACAUCCCAAAGAAGAAGAUACAAAAUCAAAUAAUGUCCAAGAAGAGGAUAUCGUCGCUGCUAUGUGCCAACCGUCAAGCAGCAUCAGUUCUACAUCCUCAAUUCACUUCCGCGACACAAAAUGCAUCUGGAAAUCCAGUACCAACUCGACAGGAACUGAGAAAGGGACUUUUUACAGAUUCAUCAUUAAAGAAGAAAGCACAGCCGGCUCUGAGCAGCCCCGGAUGAUUAUGCAGUGGGAGAAACGGGCACUCCCUGCAAAUGGAAAUGGAAAUGCGGCUCCAGAUAAUGAACAGUUCAUUCUUAUGGCGAUUGACCGCAAGACACGCCGAAAGAGUCGCAUUGCUACGAUGAAUCGGGGCGGGUUUGAUAUUUUCAUAAGGAAGAGUUCGAUCCUGGACCAUCUUCGGACUUGUAUGACGUUGACGGUGCCUGUUUCUGAGAGCUCUACGGAUUUGGAGACUUGGUUGUACACUCUUGUGUUAACUUUGGGUGUCUCGGUGGCUUCUCAAGAAGGAUGGUUGGGUUGA